UUUAGACAAUUUAAUCACUUAAUAACUUAAUAUAGCCUAAUUUGGUAAAUAAAAGAAGAGAUGCCACUGCCAUUCCUACAUUUCCGUACACUUUACCACCGCAUCAGCCACUCUAACACUCCCCUCAGUGUUCGCAAACUCAUGGCCGCCGCCGUGCCCAUAAGCCCAUCAAACACACGCCUUGGAUGGAUCGGCACCGGCGUAAUGGGCCAAUCCAUGUGCGCCCAUCUCAUCCGAGCCGGCUACACCCUCACCGUCUUCAACCGCACCCCAUCCAAAGCCCAACCACUCCUCGACAUCGGAGCCAACCUCGCCGCCUCCCCCCACGACGUCGCCUCUCAAUCCGAUGUCGUUUUCACCAUCGUCGGCUAUCCCUCCGACGUCCGCUCCGUUCUCCUCGACCCUAACUCCGGCGCUCUAGCCGGACUCAAAUCCGGAGGAAUCCUCGUCGAUAUGACCACCUCAGAUCCCAGCCUCGCCGUCGAAAUCUCCGCCGCUGCAUCCUCCAAAAACUGCCACUCAAUCGACGCCCCAGUCUCCGGUGGAGACCGCGGCGCAAAGAACGGAACCCUAGCAAUCUUCGCCGGCGGAGACGAAUCAAUAGUUAAAAAACUCGAACCGUUGUUUACACCAUUGGGGAAAGUGAACUACAUGGGUAGUAGCGGAAAAGGCCAAUACGCGAAGCUGGCAAAUCAGAUAACAAUAGCUUCAACAAUGGUAGGAUUAAUUGAAGGGAUGAUUUAUGCUCACAAAGCCGGACUCGAUGUAGGGUUGUACCUCGAUGCCAUUUCGACCGGUGCAGCGGGUACAAAGUCGCUUGAUUUAUACGGGAAGAGAAUCUUGAAGAGGGAUUUUGCAGCAGGGUUUUAUGUGAACCAUUUUGUGAAGGAUUUGGGAAUUUGUUUGAAGGAGUGUGAGAAAUUGGGUAUUGCUUUACCUGGUUUGGCACUUGCUCAACAGCUUUACGUGUCGCUUAAGGCUCAUGGGGAAGGUGAUUUGGGUACUCAGGCACUUAUUCUGGUUCUUGAGAGACUCAACAAUGUUUCUCUACCGCCUCUGGUUUGAAAUCAAAGACAGUGUCGCGGUUGUGUAAUAAGAGAUUUGAUGGAUCUGUUGUCUGUCUUUUGUCUGAAGUAUGAAUCAUAUGAUGUUGUAUGUUUUGGCUGUUCAAUUUGGUUUCUUGUUCAUGCUGUUGUGCUAUGGUGGACUUGUUCAUUUUGAAUGUUUCAACGAAAGGGGUUUCGAAUGUUUCACAGGGGAGGAGAAUGAAGGAAAUGUAAGGUUAUGAACAAUGAAUUUUUUAGAAGAAAGAAUGUGCAAGUCUAUUGUUUUAAGUAUAUCAAACAAGGAAAUACGUUUCAGUUUUUGUUGAUCAUAGCCUAUAAUACCUUUGCUUGUUAACAUGUUAUAGAUCAAUUGUAUCUUUGAAUUGGUGUUGAAAUUGUUCUACUUUCCAUU